CAAAGCUCGACCCAAACUUUGUGACCGAACAACCCCUUUCACGUCUGACUUUCGCGAGCAAGCAGAGAUGUCGAGGCAUCAAGACCUUCCAGUCAUCCUGCACAACAACAGGCGUGGUCUUAUCACGAUCGAGGAUGGAGUCUUUGAGGUCCUACAGCUUUCCUCUGAUGGCAGACCACCCAAGAAGCUGCUCUCUUCAGCUGUUCGCAACGUGCUCCGUGUCAAGCUUGCUCAGUCGGCUCAAGCUCAGGAACCCGGAAACCAACGUCUCGAUAUCCAUGUCCUGAUCGCCAAAGGACGUCAUUUGAGACUCAGCAAGUUGCACGUCUUGGUAGAGCCAAUCAACAGCGACGAAGCUCGAGUAUGGGUAGAGUCUACAAUGGCAUCGGCUUAUGGCGACGCCAAGCCACAUCGACGGAUACUCCUACUGGUAAAUCCUGUUGGAGGCAAAGGCAAGGCUCGUUCGACAGUCAAGACGGUAGUCCUGCCCAUACUUGAGGCUGCGGGCUGCAAAGUCGAGAUGAUAGAGACCACUCAUAGCAGGCACGCCGAGGAGAUCACCAAGACCAUGGAGUUGAAGUACGAUGUCAUCGCUAUGGUCUCUGGAGAUGGCCUGAUUCAUGAAGCUUUCAACGGCUUGGCAGCGAGAUCUGACGCCAGAGCGGCUCUGCAAAUACCCAUUGCAGCCAUCCCAGCUGGAUCUGCAAAUUCUCUGUUCCUCAAUCUGUACGGCGUCAAGGACACAUUUAAUGUGGAGCUCGCCUGCCUCACUGCUAUAAAGGGGCAGCCACUACCUAUUGAUCUCAUCUCAGUUCUGUUCCUUCCUUCCAUGAAACUUCGCUGGGCAUUCUUCUCCAUAUCAAUCGGGCUCUUUGUCGACCUGGAUAUUGGGACGGAGAGUCUAAGAUGGAUGGGAGAUACCCGAUUCUUGCUUGGCUUCAUCAAAGGGGCCAUCAUCAAUCGUGCUCAUAAAGUACGCCUGAGGGUCAAAAUUGAAGAGGACGACAAGAUUUCUAUGGCUCGAAAAGUCCGAGAGAGACUGGCAGAGGUGACAGAAAAGGUGCAACUCGGAGGUGGUAAAGACCCUCUAGGGCGGAGUCGUUCAAAGGUGAAUAAGCACGCUAGAGACAAGCCGAGAGAUUCGGCCUCGAACGGCAGAGCGGAUUCAAAUGUCAACUCGCCCGAAGCGACCUUGGAACAAGAAAGGGCUGGUCUGGAGAAUGAGGUCGCUCAUUUCAACUUGACGAGCAAUGGCACUCAAACCCCGAAGGAGAUGCCAAAAAUCAAACCUCUGGAGCCCGAUAAUACGUGGCGAACUAUAGAAAGCACUGGCGCCUCGCCGACCAAACCCCCCGCCGUGCCUACUCCAACCAAAACCAAUGAUUGGGUCGAUGGUGAUGGUGUUCUGUACGCUUCCAUUGGCAAUCUGCCUUACAUGGAUCGUGAUCUCAUGAUGUGGCCCACAGCAUUACCUGGUAGUGGUCUUGCAGAUAUGGUUAUACAGAACAAUUCUUCACGAGCGACACUCUUGAGCUCCAUCAAUGGCGCUGAGAAAGGCGAUCACUACUUCAUCGACUCGCAGCAUUUCUACAAGAUUUCGGCCGUGACCUGCGAGAAUCUCGAUAGAAAGAACCAGCCCAUAUUUACGCUGGACGGCGAAGCUUAUCCUUACGACACAUUCCAUGCUCAGAUACAUCCGCACUUGGGCAAGAUAUUGAGCCUGGACAAUCAUUUCUACAUCACGGACUUUUUGAAGCGACAUCACGGUUAGGCGUUAGGGUUACGCGUCUUCAUGCAGUCGUGCAGUGUCAGCUUGGCAUUGAAGCGACAUUCAGCGAUAUGUUAGCAUUGAUUC